CCAAGGCCGCGGCCCCCGAGCACCGUGCCGGGUGGGGAUGGCGCGAGAGGCGGCAGCCCCCGAGGCGGAGCCCGAGCUGCUGGACAUCGCGCGCGGCCUGGAGAACCUGCCCGUGAGCGUGUGGCCCCCAGGCGCGGAGCCGGAGCCCUUCGAGUACUGGCCGGACCCCGUGGCGGGCCCCGGCGCCCCGGCGGACCCCGCGGAGAUCGCGCUGCCCGGCUGCCGCUGCCCGCCGCCCGCCUGCCGCGCCGCGUGCGCCUGCCUGCGCGGGGGCCCCGCGCCCUACGACGCGGCGGGGCGCUGCCUGCAGGCGCUGGGCGCGGCGCCCGCGCGGCCCGUGUUCGAGUGCGGCGCGCUGUGCGCGUGCGGGCCGGCGUGCGGGAGCCGCGUGGUGCAGCGCGGGCUGCGGGCGCGCCUGCAGCUCUUCCCCGCGCGCGCCAAGGGCUGGGGGCUGCGCGCGCUGGAGCCGCUGGCGCGCGGCCGCUUCGUGUGCGAGUACGCGGGCGAGGUGCUGGGCGCGGCCGAGGCGGCCCGGCGGCUGCGCGCGCGGCCCCCCGGCGCCCCCAACUACCUGCAGGCCGUGCGCGAGCAGGUGCCCGGCGGCCGCCCGCUGCGCACCUUCGUGGACCCCGCGCGCGUGGGCAACGUGGGCCGCUUCCUCAACCACUCGUGCCAGCCCAACCUGCUCAUGCUGCCCGUGCGCGUCCACUCGGCCGUGCCCCGCCUGGCGCUCUUCGCCGCCCGGGACGUGGCCGCCGGCGAGGAGCUCACCUACGACUACUCGGGCCGCUUCCUGAACCCCGGGGGCGACCAGGGCCAGGAGGAGCCCCCCGAGGGGCAGCCCCGGACGCCGUGCCGCUGCGGGGCCGCCGCCUGCGCCGGCCUCCUGCCCUUCGACGGCUCCCCGUGGGCGCCCGAGGAAGAGGCGCCCACCCAGGACCCGCCCGCGGCCCUGUCCCCCGCCGUGGCCGCCCCGGAGAGCGCGCGGGCAGGAUGCUGA